AUGGGUCAAUAUACUAGUAGAAUUACUAAUAUCCAUUCAAAUGAUACAUCAUCAACAUCAUCAUCGCCUCAAACUUCAACUUCAUCAUCAUCAUCAAACUCAAAUUCAAACUUAAACAAUUCAACAACUACAACAACAAAUAAUAGUCAAUCAUCUUUAGAUCAACUUCCCAAUAAUUUACCAUCUAUUGAAUCUCAAAAUAAUUCAAUAAGAAGAAGACGUUCUUCAACUUAUAAUACUUCAUCUUUACCAAACCCAAGAAGAAGAAGAUUACCAAGAUUACAAGAUACUUUAAGAUUUUGGCAAAGAAGACAACAAGGUAAUCAACAACAAUCUAAUCAAUCGGAUCUUGAUAGAGAUACUGAUUCUGAUGAUUUAUUAUCAAAUUUUAUAAAUGAAUUAGAAUCUGAUUCAAAUCUAAGAUCUAAUCAAAGAUCAAGUUCAAAUUCAAAUGAUCCUUUAGAUAUAUCAAAUUUAGCUGGAUUAGCUUCAAAUAUCCUUUCAUCUCAACAACGUCAUCAAAAUCAACAUCAACAUCAACAACAACAUGAUCACACCAGCUCAUCAUCAUCAAAUUCAAUGUCAUUUGAACAUCAAACUGAAAUGUUAUCAAGAUUAUUAGAAAUUGCAGCAACUUCAACAGUAUCAAAUCUUAUGGGUUCAUCACAAGUUAAUGGACGUAGAUUUGAUAAUACUUCAAGAUUAUCAAAUCAAAGAGUUUUGAAUAAUAAUUUUAAUACAAUUGAAGCUAAUGGAUUUGAUUCUAAUUUUCAAGAAUUUGUUAAUGCUUUAAGACAUGGUUUAUUAACUAAUGAAUUAAAUGAAAGAUAUAAUCAAGAUAAUGAUAGAAAUUUAGAUCGAUUAAAUGAUAUGACUUUUUUUAGAGCUUUUAGAUUUGAUAGUGAACAAAUUAAUUCAAAUCAUGGAAAUCAUGAAGAUAUAAAUGAUAUUGAAGGUGAUAAUAAUGAUAAUAAUGAUACCAGUGAAACCAAUACCAAUAGAUUAAUUAAUAAUGAUGUUAAUAAUCCAAAUGUUCCAGUUAUGAUUAUUGGUGUUAGAAGUGUGGAAAAUCAUGAUUUAAAUGAUGAAUUUACAGGAAUUAGAAAUAAUAGAAGUGAUGGUAAUAAUGAUAAUGAUAAUAAUAAUGAUACAAUUGAUACAAAUGACUCUGGAACGAAUUCAAGUUCCAAUGAUGAAAGAAAUUCAACAACUGAUACAACUAAUACAACAAAUACAACUGAUUCAAAUUCAAAUUCAAAUCCAAGAUCUUGGGUUAUAUUUGUAAUGGGUAAUACAUUUGCUUGGAAUCAUCCAUUAUUAUCCGCUCCAUCUUUAAUGAGUGAAAAUCCAACUUAUGAAGAUUUAUUAAAUUUACAAGAAUUAAUUGGUCAAGUUAAACCUCAAGUUACAACAAAAGAAGAAUUACAAGAACAAAAUGAUCAAUUAUUUGAAUUAAUUGAUCAAUCCACAAAUCAAUCAACAACAGACCUAAAAACUAUUGAAUUAAAUUCUUUAUUAGAUGAAAGAUGUCAAAUUUGUUUGGAAAAUUUUGAAUUAAAUCAAAUUUUAAGAAAUUUAAAAAAUUGUAAUCAUAAAUAUCAUAAAGAUUGUAUUGAUAAUUGGUUAUUAAAUGGGAAAAAUAAUUGUCCUCUUUGUAGAUCAAAAGGGAUUAUCAAUAUUAAAAAAGAUGAACAUGAAAAAGAAUUAGAUCAAAUGGAGGAAAUAGAGGAAAAUCAAACUGGUGUUAUGGGUUCAACAGGUAUGUCAAGUCUUUAG